GACUCUAAAUUGCCUUCUCUGAGGUAAAGGAACACAAGAUGGUUUUGGAAAUGCUGAACCCGAUGCAUUAUAACAUCACCAGCAUGGUGCCUGAAGCCAUGCCUGCUGCCACCAUGCCAAUCCUGCUGCUCACUGGCCUUUUUCUCUUGGUGUGGAAUUAUGAGGGCACAUCCUCAAUACCAGGUCCCGGCUACUGCAUGGGAAUUGGACCCCUUAUCUCCCACGGCAGAUUCCUGUGGAUGGGGAUCGGCAAUGCCUGCAACUACUACAACCGGAUGUAUGGAGAAUUCAUGAGAGUCUGGAUCUCUGGAGAGGAAACACUCAUUAUCAGCAAGUCCUCAAGUAUGUUCCAUGUAAUGAAGCACAAUCAUUACAGCUCUCGAUUUGGCAGCAAACUUGGGCUGCAGUGCAUUGGUAUGCAUGAGAAAGGCAUCAUAUUUAACAACAAUCCAGAUCUCUGGAAAACAACUCGGCCCCUCUUUAUGAAAGCUCUGUCAGGCCCUGGCCUUGUUCGCAUGGUCACAGUCUGUGCUGAAUCCCUCAACACGCACCUGGACAGGUUGGAGGAGGUGACCAAUGAGUCAGGCUUCGUCGACGUGUUGACCCUCCUGCGUUGCGUCAUGCUGGACACCUCUAACAUGCUCUUCUUGAGGAUCCCUUUGGACGAAAGUGCCAUCGUGUUUAAAAUCCAAGGUUAUUUUGAUGCAUGGCAAGCUCUCCUCAUCAAACCAGACAUCUUCUUUAAGAUUUCUUGGCUAUACAAAAAGUAUGAGAAGUCUGUCAAGGAUUUGAAAGAUGCCAUAGAAGUUCUGAUGGCAGAAAAAAGAUGCAGGAUUUCCACAGAAGAGAAACUGGAAGAACAUAUAGACUUUGCCACUGAGUUGAUUUUAGCCGAGAAACGUGGUGACCUGACAAGAGAGAACGUGAACCAGUGCAUGUUGGAAAUGCUGAUUGCAGCUCCUGACACCAUGUCUGUCUCUCUGUUCUUCAUGCUAUUCCUGAUUGCAAAGCACCCUAAUGUGGAAGAGGCAAUAAUGAAGGAAAUCCAGACUGUUGUUGGUGAGAGAGACGUAAAGAUUGAUGAUAUACAAAAAUUAAAAGUGGUGGAAAACUUCAUUUAUGAGAGUAUGCGGUACCAGCCUGUUGUGGACUUGGUCAUGCGCAAAGCCUUAGAAGAUGAUGUAAUCGAUGGCUACCCAGUGAAAAAGGGGACGAACAUUAUCCUGAAUAUUGGAAGGAUGCACAGACUCGAGUUUUUCCCCAAACCCAAUGAAUUUACUCUUGAAAAUUUUGCAAAGAAUGUUCCUUAUAGGUACUUUCAGCCAUUUGGUUUUGGGCCCCGUGCCUGUGCAGGAAAGUACAUUGCCAUGGUGAUGAUGAAAUCCAUUCUCGUUACGCUUCUGAGAAGAUUCCACGUGAAGACAUUGGGAGGAGAGUGUGUUGAGAACCUACAGAAGACAAACGACUUGGCCUUGCACCCAGAUCACACUAAAAGCAUGCUGGAAAUGAUUUUUACCCCAAGAAACUCAGGCAGGUGCCUGGAACACUAAAGAAGGCCGGUCAGUACCAACUCUGAAGCAUUUCUCAUCAGUAGUUCACAUAUAAAUCAUCCAUCCUUUCCAAUAGUGUCAUCCUCACAGUGAAAUCUCAGUGACCAUGAUUUUAUAGGCAUACCUCCUGUGGGUUGUCAGCAAGCUGGGUGCUAUUGGUCAUCUGCCCCUAUUCACACCAGAGAACCAGAUUACAGGAGAAAAGGCAGAGGCCAAGAGUUUGAGGGAGAAAUAGUGAAGAAACUGUAUCCUUAAAGGCCCGAUUCCACCAAAAGUGCUUUGAGAAGGAUGGGCCUUCAUUAGCAAAACGUAUGUCUGGUUCCCCACUGGAGCUCUACUGCCUCACCCCAAGGGCAUUUUUAUGUCUAGGGCAGAAACACUCAAGUUGAUUAGAAAGACCAGGCCAAUGUCAGGGUACCUGGGUUCAAACACACAUGCUAUUGUGAAUUAAAGUACUUUAAUUUUGUUUUCUGUGGGAGUGGGACAGCAACAUUCAUACUCUUUGAAGAAAUGCUUACAAAUUCAGCAUUUAACCCUUCCUGUGAUUAAGCCCAAUUAACUCCUGUUUGUGCACAUAUGAUCUGUCUGUGGGAAAAGUUAAAUCAGAGGAAAUUAUUUUCCAGUCUGUCAAUUUAUGCCUCAGCCAUUUGCCUGUGCUCCAAUUCAUUGUAUUACCUAUAGAUUCAAGUAAUACAAGCUAAUUUAGUAAUAGCCUGGGUUAAGUAUAAUUAGGACCCUGUGUCUGCUGUAGAAAAAAAAAUCACAUGAUAUACUUCAAAUAAAAAUCCUUUUGGCAUUUUCCAUUGUUGCUUAACUCAAUUAGUGUGGCUAACCAGGAUAUCAUUGUAAAUGUGGCAUUGAUUUGCUCUCACCACAGCUUCAGUGAUUGGGAGAGGAAAAGUCCUCCACAUCUGUAUCUAAUUCUACAACCCAGUGGGCUCAAACUUGUAAGGAAUGCUCCUCUCCUCCCCUUAUCCUUCUCCCUUGACAUUUUCUCCCUCUUUCAUCCCUUGACCCCAAAAGCCAGGGGCAACAGACACAUAAACGUGGUCAGAGUAGAAUCCCUGCAGUAUUUUUUGAUCCUAUCUCAACUGUAACUGUUACCUGAGAGAUUUAACGUUAUCUAGCUCAUAAUUGUAUGUGGUCAUGGAUAAAAUACACACCUUGGAAUUAGCUUUCUAAAGGAAAUCAGAUGAAUGGAUUAACUUUCCAAACACCACUUUACUUGUGUUAUAUAACCAAUAUGACUGUCUCUACUGAAUGUCAUUGAAAAACUGAAAAAUUAAACUUAUUUACAAAUAG